AUGGCGACAGCCAGUGUGAUCGCAUUCGGCUUUCUGCUUGCCACAGCUCUUUCUGCCCCUGUGAAAGUCAAAGAGGACACCAUGACCCUGUUCCACGGUGAGGAUUUCCACAUCAUGCUGCCCUCGCUCGGGCUGGAGGUCUCGUUUCGGAACAGGUCAGCUCCGUGGUUGGCCAAUGUGGUCCUGAUGCGGGACGGCAUCAUGGUCAACAGCCGGGCCAAGCUCAACCGCCACCUCAGCCACCUCAUUAUAGACUCUGUGGGCGAGGGGGACGAGGGCGUGUACACCGUGAAGAAUCCAGAUAAGCCAGAGGACGUCAGACGCAUCACGCUUGUAGUCCGAGAUUGCUCCAACGAGCAGAUCAUUAAAUAUGGAGACAGCUACCAUAUUCCGCUGUUAGGGGUGACUCCUCCCAUCACCCUGGAGUACAGGCCCAGUGCUGUGGAGGCCAACCAGACAUCUAGUCCUGCUCUGGUGCUACUGACCAUCACAGGGAUGACCAGGGAGGGCUACCGGGAUCGAAUCAGCGUCAGCGAGCGCCAGGUCACCCUCAGUGCCGUCACGGGUGCAGAUGAAGGUAGCUACACUGUCAGGGAUGCCAAAGGUGAAAUCCAAAGGAAAGUGUGUCUCAACGUCAGAGAGCACCAAAACUUUGUGAUCCUGCCGUACGGGAAAAGAUUGAAGAUCAACCUGAUACUCAACACCUCCUUGGUCCGCCUCUACUAUACUCCGGACAAUGACCCCACACCCCGUCUGCUGCUGGACAAGGGAGAAUUUACAAGCGCCCGAGAGGAGCUGAAUCUCCAGGACCGUCUCUCUAUGGAGGGUUCAUUGGUGUUUCUGGAUCAGGUCAAGGGUGCAGAUGCAGGCCAGUUCAAAAUUAUUGACAUCCUGGGAUUCACUGUGUCCAGCAUCCACCUGGAAAUGCAACCAUACAAGCUGGAGUCCCUGUAUGUGGCCAUCAUUGCCCUGUUGGGCCUGCUGGUUUUCCUUCUGCUGGUUUGUCUGCUGUCCUGCCUCAUCAAAGUGAAGAAGAGGGCCAAGAGGGCUGCUGCCCUGGAGAAGAUCGCCCAGAACGCGGGCAAAGAGGAUGAGGGAGAGGCCUUCAGAGAGGUGGUCAAGAACAUCACCAAACUCAGUGAGGAGUCCAAGCAUUCCCAGGCGGACAAUACAGAGAAAUCUCAGAGCACUGAGGUGGAUAUUAAAGGUCUGGAGGUUUCCUCUAAAGAGGUUGGGGUCGAUAACAUGGAGACCAGUGACUCCGGCGUUGGCUUUAACACUGCCCUCCCACUGGACACUGACACUGAUGCCCCUGAUCAAAUCUCUGAGUCUGCGACUGUAACCGUCUCUAUUGCCCCUGAAACCAAACCAAGUCCACCAUCUGCUGCUGAGUCCAAGCCAAGUGCUCCACCGGCUGUGGAAAUUAAGUCCAGUCCAGUAGCUGAAACUAAAGCCUGCCCAGCACCCGAGACGAAGAAAACCCCUGAUCAGCCCGUGGAAGCAAAGUUGGACGUGUCCAAACCAGCAGAUGUUAAGCUCAGUCCAGCCCCGAGCCCUGAGCCCGGGGCUGGUCUGAGCGCACCUGAUCCAAAGCCUGCACCUAGCCCAAGCCCGGAGCCUAAACCAGCCGUUCCUAAAGCCACCACUCCAACACCUGAAGUGAGUAAGAGUGCCCUGACUCCCACACCUGAGCCCCCUAAACCGACCACCCCGGAACCUAUCACCAACGGUACACCUGAGCCAGGCCCGGAUUCCAAACCAAGCCCAGACCACGCUGAUAUUAUCAGUGGCUCAGCUCCAAAAGCAGCUCCCCCUAAAACCCCUGAAGUGGAGCUGAAAUCCAGUGGUGGUGCACUGGAGGCCACCAAGGAUGGCACUGUGGCUGAGGAUUCGACCACCACCACCUGA